GAAAAGUGUGCAAACUUCUUGUAAUUGACAACAAGGAGUUUUGUGUGAGAAAUUGUGUUUAUUUGCAUAUUUCUCGCAUUUCUUGGGUUUGUUUGAUGAUAAAUUAGUGCUUAAGUAGUGUAAUAAAUCAUGAUAAAGGCAAUUUUAGUGUUUAACAAUCAUGGUAAACCCAGGCUGUCGAAAUUCUACCAAUACUUUAGCGAAGAUAUGCAGCAGCAGAUCAUCAAGGAGACAUUCCAGUUGGUUUCCAAGCGAGACGACAACGUGUGCAAUUUUCUAGAGGGCGGAAGCCUGAUCGGAGGAUCGGACUACAAGCUGAUCUACCGCCACUACGCUACGCUCUACUUCGUCUUCUGCGUGGACUCCUCGGAAAGCGAGCUGGGCAUCCUGGAUCUGAUCCAGGUGUUCGUGGAGACUCUGGACAAGUGCUUUGAGAACGUGUGCGAGCUGGAUUUGAUCUUUCACGCGGACGCCGUGCAUCACAUCCUGUCGGAGCUGGUGAUGGGCGGCAUGGUGCUGCAGACGAACAUGGCGGACAUCCUGGCCAGGAUAGAGGACCAGAACAAGCUGGUGAAGCAGGAGGCGGGCAUCUCGGCGGCACCCGCGCGAGCCGUGAGCGCCGUGAAGAGUAUGAACAUUCCUCAGCAGUUUAAAGACAUGAAGCUGCCCGAUUUGCCGCAGGCCAUCAAAGAUCUGAAAUUCUGACCGAUUAGCUACAAUCCUCACCACGCAAUGUACAUCCCCAUUGAAUGCACGCCCAUCUCUGGUGUCUCCUCUAUUGAGACGCGCUAUCAGAGCGACGUGGCCUCGAAUUCCGGGCACAUCGUCAGCGAGCGGGCCCUGCAGAAGCCUUCUAGUGACUUCAGGAUGCUGAAGUCUCUGCAAGCUCUCGCCCUCUGCCCAUAUCGACUCAAUUUAUCGGCCCACGAAGUCCUGAACGGCACCAAUUCCUUGGAGCCCGAGGGAUCCGUCGCGAGAGGAGACACCGCGUGAGAGGGACCCCCAAUCUCCAAUCACUCCCCUAUUUUUAUGUAUCCGCCGCUUCCGGGUAGAACAGAAGAGGCGGCAUUGCUAAUAAAUAUAUAUUAAUUUGA